UGAUGGAGACAAGAUGGUGGAGAGACUAUGACACUUGGUAACUUGCUUCAAAGAUUUGCUACUAUCAUUAUAACUUAAAAUUUACUCAAAGCUGCAAUUUAGGUCACAACUCACUUAUCACUCAAAUUUUAAACUUUGAUCUCAAUUUCAUCUUACAUAAAACCUCAUACAUGAAGGUUGAAGGGAAAAAAGGGAAGAACUAAAGUUAACCAAAUGAUGGGUUGUUUCGGGUUGGAUGGCGAUAGAAGCAGAAGACUCAAGAGUGGUUUCUUCGAACGUUCAUCCCCUGCAUUGCAACAAAUCCUGCUUCAGCUUUUACAAGAUCAAAACCCAGUGGAUAUAGAUCAUCAUUUAUAUGAAUUUGGGUCUGUGGAAUACCGUGUUCAGACCUCUGCUUCAGACCCAGAAAACAUCUAUUUGUCGAUAUCGACCCCAAUACUCACCCCCAGAACACUGGUUUCACAAGGACUGUGUCCUUACACAAUACAGAAGGUGAAAGAUAUAAGUCCUGAUGUUGUGGACAUACUUCACCCAGCAAGGGAAGGAUACCAGCUGACGUUACAGCUGAAACCUGCUCAUAUUCCACAAGGCAAAGCUGGAGCAAAGAUAAUAAAGGAGAUUGCUGCAGUAGCAUCAGUAAUAUUGAGUUCUCAACUGAAAGAGAUGCUCCGAAAUUUCAGUUCAGAGGAUGCUCCAGAAGGAACAUAUAAACCAAUCAAAUGUGUAUAUCACCCAAGAGAGCCUCUCUUUGUCAACAGACAGCCACAGAAGAUUACUGUUAUAUUCCCAAUGAGAUUUAAGGAUACUUCAGAUGUGGUUAUAGCUACGUCCUUCUUCCAGGAGCUCAUGGACAUUGGAAGCUCCGAGGCGUUUUCUAAAGCACCUGCGUGCACAUGGUCACCUAUUCCUCCUCCAGAGUUGAGAGGAGAACUUAUGGAAGACUUGAGCACCAAUGCAGGAUUCGUCUCUUUUGACAUAUUUUCGCGCCAUGUUGAUGAUAAAAGACUAGAUAAAACUGUGUGGAAUCUGCUGAACUUCUAUAACUAUGUUAAAUCUUAUAUAAAGAGCACCAAGGGAUUCAUUCAAAGAAAGAUGAGGGGGAGGUUGGAAGAUUUGGUCAAGAUCUUGCAUAAACCUGACCUAGAUGAAGAUGACCAUGAACAGAAAAUUCGAGGAUGCGGGUGGAAAAUAAAGCCUGUUAGCUCUUCAAGAUUCAGAAAACAUUAUGGUGAUUUCAAGAGGAAGAUAAAGAGAAUGAAAUACCGGAUUAGAAUUCACGGAUUCAGUGAAUUGAACAAGAAGAUCAAGAGAAUCCAUCAUCAGAUUAAGAACCGUAACUUUGGCCUUCGCUCCCAAUGGUUUUCUACCCCCAAAUUCCACUCUGCAAACAGAUAUACAAGAUUAGAGUAGUUCUAUUCAUGAUCUGUAAAAGCAAUUUCUUGCCGCCAGUGAAGGAUGGAUGCCCAAUGACCAGCUAGCAGCAUAGCAGCUUCAUACGGGACAUAGGCUGACUGAUUACAAUGCAAACAAAUAAGUGAACAGCUUUGGUACUUUCCAAAUUACUUCUUAACUGUAACAACAUGUGCUUAUGUAAACUUAGAUGCAUAGACUAACAUACAUAUUUAAAUACAAGGAACAGAAAUACGAAGUCCUAUUGUUUUUUUUUUGUCUGGUUA